GUGACGUGUGUGCUUCUGCUGUUCGAUUGCUGGCUGGAGAGCUGAUCGGUCCCGGGGCUUCAGUGUUAUUACGGUUUGCGAGCUCGGUGGGUCUAGACUCUCCGCUGAUUACCUGAUUGGAAAUGGAGGCGCAGGACCCCGGAAGCUAUUAUAACCUUCAGCAGGCCCAGGCGUUUUACGCUUAUCCCUUUCAUCAAAUGAUGAACGGGCCUCCGAACAUGGAUCUGGGGAAUGAGCAAAGGACUCUGCAUACUCUAACGGGGGUCCCGGCCCAUGAGCUCCAGGCCUUCUCGGGGAUGCCUGCAAAUGAGCCCCAGAUGUUCCACAGUCUGAACGGAGUGCCGCCACAAGAGCCGGUUCACAUGCAGAUGCCAACCGAGGCCCCAGACGCUGCUCAGGAUGCCAUGCAAGAACCUACCAAGGGCAAGAGGAAGAGAGGAAAAGCAGCUACUCCUGCAGAGCCAAAGCCAAAGAAACCGUCUGCCAAGAGCGCAAAAGCCAAAUCAACGGGAAAGCAAGAAAAGAUCACCGAUACCUUUAAGGUGAAAAGAAAAGUUGAUCGAUUUAAUGGAGUAUCCGAGGCGGAGCUCAUGACCAAGACCUUGCCGGACAUUCUGACUUUCAAUCUGGACAUAGUAAUUAUUGGAAUCAACCCAGGACUUAUGGCGGCGUAUAAAGGCCAUCAUUACCCAGGACCAGGAAAUCACUUUUGGAAGUGCCUCUUCCUAUCAGGAUUGAGUGAUAAACAGCUCAACCACUUGGAUGACCAUGACCUACCAGAGAAAUAUGGGAUAGGCUUUACCAACAUGGUGGAGAGGACUACUCCAGGCAGUAAAGACCUGUCAAGCAAAGAAUUCCGGGAAGGAGGUAGAAUCCUUCUACAGAAGCUGCAAAAAUACAAGCCUCGCAUUGCAGCUUUUAAUGGCAAAUGUAUCUAUGAAAUUUUUAGUAAAGAAGUGUUUGGAGUGAAGAUUAAAAAGUUUGAAUUUGGAAUCCAGCCACACAGGAUCCCAGAAGCAGACACAUUGUGCUACGUCAUGCCUUCAUCCAGCGCCCGAUGUGCACAGUUUCCCAGAGCUCAGGACAAAGUCCAUCAUUAUAUCAAGCUAAAGGAUUUACGAGACCAUCUGAAGGGCAUAGAAAGCACCAGGGAAGUGCAGGAAGUACAGUACACGUUCGACUUGCAGUUAGCACAAAUCGAUGCAAAGAAGCAGGCGGUUAAGGAAGAAAAGUACGAUCCUGGUUACGAUGCCGCAGCUGGAGCUGAUGUAAAUGGGCAGACUUCUGCUGAAAGUGGAUCAUGCAACAUGUCAUCGGAAGGUGCUGCACCCUGUAAUCCAGAGUUCGGUGACCAAACUCAAAAUGGACAGUGGAUGUCUCCACCGUUUGUUGAGCAGAUGUCUACUUACAACCACAGUGACGACCAACAGCCGGAAGAAGGACGUGCCUGAGACUGCUCUCCAUUCCCAGCUAUGCAAUCAGACUGCAGUUUUAUUGCAGUCACAAGGAACCGUACCUCAGUUACACAACUGACGCUUUUUUAUUUAGCAUUUUACCUCUUUUUAUUAUAGUGCAUUUUAUUGUAGUGCUAGAUUACCUUACAUUAGGUAGUUUUAAUGAAAUAUUUAAACUUUUUAGAAAAAAAAAAGUUGUCUUUGCUUUUGUU